AUGUCUAAAUCAUUAUUGUGGGAUAAUUUGGAUUACCAACUACAGCCAUGGAUCAGAACCGCUGUCGAUGUUAUGGGAUUCGAUGAAAUGACGCCCGUACAGGCAUCUACUAUCCCACUCUUUGCCAGAAAUAAGGAUGUAGUCGUCGAUUCUAUAACUGGGUCUGGUAAGACGGUGUCAUUUGUUAUACCAAUACUAGAAAAGAUAAUUAUUGAAGAAGCAAAUUCUAGCAAAUUAAAGAAAGGGCAUUUUCAUUCUUUGAUAAUUUCACCAACCAGAGAAUUAGCCAAACAAAUACAGUCUGUUAUCGAAUCUUUUUUGACUCAUUAUCCUGAAGAUUUAUAUCCGAUUAAGUCACAACUUAUUGUUGGUACGAAUACUAAUACCGUUAGAGAUAAUGUAAGUGAAUUCCUUGACAAUAGACCUCAAAUAUUAGUUGGAACGCCAGGUAGAAUUUUUGAGUUUUUGAAAUCAUCUGGAAUUAAAAGCAAAUCGUGUAGCAUGGUUAUUUUAGAUGAAGCGGAUAGAUUAUUGGAUGUAAGUUUUCUCAAAGAUAUAGAGAAUAUUAUGCAAAUAUUGCCAAAACAAAGAAGGACUGGGUUAUUUUCUGCAACAAUUAAUAGUGCAGGGUCCAAUAUUUUCAAAAUUGGGUUGAGAAACCCCGUCAAGGUUACUGUGAAUUCAAAAAUUUUAGCACCAGUAACAUUGAGUUUGAAUUAUGCUAUAACCGAGCCUGAAAAAAAAUUUCAAUUAUUCUUGAGUGUGCUGAAUAAUUAUAAAUUUAAAAAGUGUAUCGCAUAUUUUCCAACAUGUAUAUCCGUUCAAUAUUAUUAUUCAUUUAUUCAACAUUUGGUCGAGAAGAAGAUUGUAAAUGAAGAUCUUCAAAUAUUCUCUCUUCAUGGUAAACUUCAAACUAGUUCAAGAAUGAAAACGUUAGAGACAUUCACUGAAACUUUGAGUAAUGCUGUUUUGAUAACCACUGAUGUUGCUGCAAGAGGUAUUGACAUCCCUGAUGUUGAUUUAGUAAUCCAACUAGAUCCGCCUACCGAUGCGGAUAUAUUUUUACACAGAUGCGGAAGAACAGGUAGGGCAAACAAGAUAGGUAAGGCCAUUACAUUCUUGAACAAAGGUAGAGAGGAAGAUUAUGUUUCAUUUAUGGAAGUCAAAAAUGUGAAGUUGGAAUUGAUUGAACUAGAUGUGCAAGGUAUUCCUGAAGAUUUUAAUAAAAUAUUUAUGGACUGGAUAUUGGAAGAUCGAGCUAGGUUUGAUCAUGCGUUGAGAUCAUAUGUUGCAUAUAUUCGACAUUAUUCGAAUCAUUCUGCUUCCUCAAUUUUUCGGUUUCAAUCAUUUGACUUUGUAGGGUUAUGCAGAAUGUAUGGCCUCUUCAGAAUGCCAAGAAUGCCUGAGAUUACCAAAAAUUUUAAGGAUGACGUAGAAAAUCCUAAAGUAUUCAGUAACGGUUGGUUAAUUGAUCCUCCAAUUGAUUUAGAUUUGUUUAAAUAUUCAGAUAGUAAGCAGGAAAAGAAAAGGCUGGCUGAACUUAAAGCAAUUAAAGAUGUUCAUGAUAAGAAACGUUUAAAAUUCCUAUUGAAGAAAAAAAAUGAAUCAUGGUCAAACAAAACAGAGACAAAGGAAUCUAAACUGGAAAGAAGAGCUAAAAUGGAGAUAAAGAGGAAGGCCAUUGAAGCUGAGCUAGCUAAAAAUGACUCGGAAAAUAGUGAUGAAGAAAUUGAAGAUUGGAAGCAAGUUGUUUUACAAAGAAAGAAAAAACAAAAAAGUUCAGCUAGUGGUAUGCAAGGUAGUUUUGAUGAUUUAUAG